AUGGAUGAGCCUGUGCCUGCAACAUCGGCACACUCUGAACCUGUCACUACACCAGAAGCACUGCCUAUCGCUUCAGCUGUGACUGUUUCGCCUCAGCUCCUCGCGCUUGCUUCAUUCAUUGUCGCUACUUUCGUCCUCGUACUCGCAUUCUACUUCCGACGAAGAAGCACCUCACGCGGCAAUGCAUUACUGGUAGUUGGCCCGCCAGACUCUGGCAAGACUGCAUUGCUGUCCCUUCUUGUAUUCAAGCAAGCACUGCCAACGCAAACAAGCAUGCAGAUCAACCAAUCCGUGUUGACCUUGUCACAACGCGCGCCACUCACGGUCAUCGACGUGCCGGGCCAUCCCCGCAUACGUGGUCAAUUCAAGGAUCAUAUUCUUGACGCCCGGACAAUCAUUUUCGUCGUCGAUGCGUCGACUGUAUCUCGCAAUGCCCCUGCCGUGGCAGAACACCUGCAUCACAUCUUGAAUGCCAUCACUUCUCUUCCUCCAUCCCAUGCCGCCCCAUGCCUCCUCAUUCUCGCGCACAAAGCAGACUUGCUUAAGCCAGCCUCGGGUCAGACCUCAUCGCAACUGGCGGUUUCCCGCGUCCGGACCGUUCUUGAGCGUGAACUCGAGAGACGACGAACUGCCCAGGCCGGUGCCGUCAACAUGGACUCUUUACCAGGUGGCGAAGAUGAAGGCGAGGGCGAAGGCGGUGUGGGCAUGGGUGGAUUGGAAUGCAGCGGGCCAAGCGGUGGCGUGUUCAAGUUUGCAGAAUGGGAAGGAGGUGACGUCGCGUUCGAGGGCAGCUGGGUCAAGCUAUGGGAGAAGUUACACGUUGAGGGCGAGGACGAGAAAACGGAAGGCGGGGAGGGCGUUCAGUCGGUCAUUGAUUGGAUUGAGACCGUACCCUGA